UAUGCCCCAAUACGCCAUUUACGUUACGCACCUACCUCUCACAGGUGAGGUCAAAUGCAGAGUAAAAGUAAGGGGGGAUAGAAUUUCGGAUAGCCUAAUUCAAACGAAGAAGACAUGGACGACAACAAAGCAGUUUUGUGCGAAAGUCUUUUAAUAUGGUUGCAGACCUUCAAUACCCCCUCAUCCUGCUCCACUUUGACGGAACUGACCAAUGGAGAGGCCAUGUCCCAAGCCCUGCAUCACAUAGACUCUGUGUGGUUCAGCAAAAGUUGGCUUGGUCGUAUUAAACCAGAUGUGGGGGACAACUGGAGACUGAAGAUGAACAACCUGAAGAAGAUCCUUCAGAUGAUGGUGGAUUAUUAUAAUGAGGUUCUCGGGGAGCAGAUGUCGGACUUCCCCCUGCCGGACGUGGCGCUGGUGGCGGAGCACACCGACCCGCUGAACACGGGCCGUCUGCUACAGCUCAUCCUGGGCUGCGCCGUCAAAUGUGACCGCAAGCAAGAAUACAUUCAGAUCAUCAUGACCUUGGAGGAGUCGGUGCAGCAUGUUGUCAUGACCGCCAUUCAAGAGCUCAUGAGCAGAGAGACUGUCUGCUAUUCUGGCUCAGAGCAACCCGGGGACCUGGAACAGCAGCUGAAAAAGACCCGGGAGGACUUUGCAUCUCUUUCCGCUGAGAAGGAAGAGUUGGCCCAGCGCUGUCAGGAGCUGGAUGUACAGGUGACAAUCCUCCAAGAGGAGCGGAACAGCUUAUUGGCCGAGAAUGAUGUGCUGACCGACCGAGCCAAUCAGCUGGACACGUUCGACGACCCGAGCACACCGUCGGGAAGGAAACACAGCCAGCUGCAGCUGCAACUGGAGUCCUUGCAGGAGGAAACCUUCAGAUUGGAGGCUGCUAAGGAUGACUACCGGAUCCACUGUGAGGAGCUAGAGAAGCAGCUGAUCGAGGUGCAGCACCGCAACGACGGGCUCACCGGCCUGGCGGAGGAGUCUCGAGCCCUCAAGGAUGAGCUGGACAUCCUCAGGAGUUGCUCGGACCGCGCGGUGAAGCUGGAGGCGUCGGUGGAAACCUACCGCCGCAAGCUGGAGGACCUGGGAGACCUGCGGCGGCAGGUGAAGCAGCUGGAGGAGAAGAACAUGACAUACAUGCACAACACCGUCAGCCUGGAGGAGGAGCUGACCAAAGCCAACGCCGCGCGCACUCAACUGGAGACCUACAAGAGACAGGUCCAGGAGCUCCACAAGAAGUUGUCUGAUGAAACGAGGCGAGCCGACAACCUGGCCUACGACAUGAAGAAGUUUGAGGAGAAAUACGAAACCCUGACGAAGGAGAAAGAGAGGGUGAUCAUUGAGAGAGACUCUCUGAAGGAAACCAACGAGGAACUGCGAUGCACACAGGCCCAGCAGGAGCACCUCCGACAAGCAGGAAUGCUUCCGGCUGGAAGCCCCACCCAUGAGAACCUGGCGGCUGAGAUAAUCCCAAUAGAACACAGAGAGAAGUUCAUCCGCCUACAGCACGAGAACAAGAUGCUGCGGCUGCAGCAGGAGGAGUUUGAGAGGGAGAAGAUCAGCGAUCUGCAGACCCAGCUGGAGGAGUCCCACCGCACACGUAGCGAGCUGGACACCGACAACAGGCUGAGCCGUGAAAGGAUGGCUGAGCUGCAGCAGCAGGUGGAGGACCUCCAGAAGGCUCUGCAGAGCCAGGCGGCCCAGCCCGACGACUCCAACCUGAAGAGGAAACUUGACGCCCACAUGGUGCAGCUGAACGAGGCUCAGGAUGAGAUCAUGAAGAAGAAGGAGCUGUUGGAGGACCUCCAGCCCGACAACACUCAGACCUCGUUGAGGCUGGAUGAGCUGAUGGCCGCCCUGAAGAAGAAGGACGAUGACAUGAAAGCCAUGGAAGAACGCUACAAGAUGUACCUGGAGAAGGCACGCAAUGUGAUCCGAGCCCUGGAUCCCAAACUGAACCCGGCCACCGCAGAGAUCCAGGCCCUAAAGAGCCUGGUACUAGACCGGGACAGACGGAUCCUCACCCUGGAGCGGGAGUGUGAGCAGGCCAAGCUGAGGGAGUACGAGGAGAAGCUCAUUGUCACGGCCUGGUAUAAUAAGAGUCUGAGCUUCCAUAAGCUGGCCAUGGAGUCUCGCCUGGGGGACCGUUCCGCCUCCUCGCUGCCCCUGGGUCCGUCCUUCCUGUCCCAGCAGCGCCAGGUCACCAACGCCACACGCCGGAUUCUGCCAGUCAACAUGCCCGCCUCCACUACCAAGUAGACCCGACCCUCCCAACCUGCCACUGUUCGGUCAUCGAUCCACUCUCUUGUAAUCGACAUGUAAGCACACAUAGAAGCAAGCAAACACUUAAGUGGCCUUAUACCUUUCUAAGAGCUGCUCAUGUCGGCCAUCCCUCCAAUGGCUGAUGGUCUAUUGCUUGAAUGAAGCUCCGCCUCUGAGGUCGUCGUGUGCGUUUCAAACUGUUCCACUGGACACUGGCUGGGGGGGGGGUGAAUACAUGAAUGGACAUUGCAGAACUCGUGGGGCAUGUGCGUAAGUGCUCACCUUUCCAGAUUGCACUGAUGAACCAAUGCUCACUCCCUCAAUGACUUCUGACUUUUGAAUUGGGGUUAUUUACCAGAAGGCUCGGUAACCUGGGUAGUACUUGGUACUUUGUCAUGUAUAUUAAUAUAUACUUGUAUACUACUAGGUACAUUCAUGUAUUUUACUAGGUACUUUGCUAUGUAUACAACUAGGUACUUUAAUGUAUACUACUAGGUGCUUUGCUAUGUAUACUACUAGGCACUUAAUCUGACAAUCCCUUUCUUAGCUGCUUUCGAUUUUCAUGAUCUUUAAUUGUAAGAAAGCGCAUGAAUGCAGAAUCAUAUUAUAAACAAAUGCCUACUAUAUGAAUGUGAUCACAACUUUAAAAAUGAAGUUCAAUCUAAUGCCAGCUAAAGAUUAUUUAAAAUGAAUGGUAAUGUGAAAUUGUACUGAUACCCUAUGCAGCUAUAAAAGGCUCUUGCCUUGUAAUUCAGAAGAUAAAUAAUUAUAUUGUAACCAAUACAUCUAUAACACAGUGGCAUUUAUUAUGUCAUGUUCUGGUGCUGGUCACCAGCUGCAACUACAGGUCCAUUUCAGGUUUUUUUAUUGAAAAAAAUGAAGGCAAGCUUAUUCCUUAAACAUGGAUCUAUUUGGUAUUUCAUGUUUACUAAGAAAGGUCUGAGACUACAAGCCUCUUAAUCUAAACAAAUUCAUUCAGGCCCGUUUCAGUUCCCCAUUCUUCUUUUGUUUGUUUGUUUCCUCUACUUGUACUUUGUUUUGUCCGCAUUAAUCAAUGGACUGAUAUAAAUUGGUAUAAUGCUCUGGUAAUGAAGAUUGUGUAACCUUUGGACCCAAAUGUACUCAUGGUUUAGCUUCUAUACUUUACCUGCUAAAUUCAUACAAUCACCUUUCUCCGAUUGGAAGUAGGGAACUGUAAACGCUUUCCCCGAGGUAAACUGUGUGUGGAAGAAUGUAACUUGAGAUAGAAAUUCAACAGGUGAAGGAACAGAACAGCUCUGUUGGAUAUGUCAACGUAGCUUUGGUUUAGAUGCUUUCUUGCAUGCAUUUGUGAGAGAACAUUAAACAUUUCUUUGUCUUUC